GUGGAGCAGCGGACCCACGGGUCAGUCGGCGCUGCUGAUGACGGCACUGGACGAGGGGGGCGCACGGCUGCUGUGCUGCAGGCCGGUGUCAUGCGGCCCCCAGCAGGCCGACAUGGGCCCCCUGCAGGCGGGGGCCAUGAUGGCAGCUGCUGCUGUGCCGCCAUUGCAGCAGCAGGGGCAGCAGGGGCAGCGACCCGCCCCAUCUCAACCGCAACAACAACCACCUCGCGGCACCACCACCACCGCACCCUCCGCCUUCGCCGGACUCGCCGCGAGCCCCCUGACACCGCCCUCGCCUCCCUCGCCAGCGGCUGGUGGCAGUGAGGGGGGAAAUCAAGGGACAGCAGCAGCAGCAGCAGCGG